GUUUCUUGGGGUCUGUGGGCUCUGUGUUUCCAUCUCCAUGGGGCCGCAGGCCCACACGUGAGCACCUGAAGACGCCAUGGCCGAGGGGAGCGAGCUGAUGAGCAGGCUCAUGAGCGAGAACGCAGACCUGAAGAAACAGGUGCGCCUCCUGAAGGAAAACCAGAUGCUGAAGCGGCUGCUCAGUGAGAGCUGUCAGGAGAGCUGUGGUCGCCCAGGCCGGGAACUCCUCUUCCCCAAGGCCUCCACCUACCCCGAGGCCUGCUCCCCGGGGAAUGGAGGUGCAGAUUUUGGAAGGUUUCCCAGUGUCACCGACACACCCUCCCAGCUGCAGACAUCCUCCCUGGAAGACCUCCUGUGCUCACAUGCACCUCUCUCCAGUGAGGACGAAGCCUCCCCAGGCUGUGCAACCUCCUCCCAGGCACCAUUUAAGGCCUUCCUGAAUCCCCCUGACCUGUGUGCUCGUGGUGCCGACAGGAAGCUGUCCCCGCUCCUGAGCCCCCUGCAGGACCCACUGACAGAGAAGACACUGCUGGAGCCCAGGGAAAUGGUGCGGUCUAAGAAGGUGUGCUUCUCAGAGAGCAGCCUGCCCACCGGGGACAGGAGCAGGAGGAGCUACUACCUCAAUGAGAUCCAGAGCUUUGCCAGCGCUGAGAAGGACGGCCGCAUAGUUGGGGAGAUCGCUUUCCAGCUGGACCGGCGCAUACUGGCCUAUGUGUUCCCAGGCGUGACGCGACUCUACGGCUUCACAGUGUCCAACAUCCCGGAGAAGAUCAAACAGACCUCCAUCAAGUCCCUGGACGGUUCGGUGGACGAGAAGAAGCUGCGUGAGCUGACGCACCGCUACCUGACGCUGACGGCGCGCCUGGAGAAGCUGGGCUACAGCCGCGAGGUGCACCCGGUGUUCAGCGAGUUCCUCAUCAACACCUAUGGCAUCCUGAAGCAGCGGCCCGACCUGCGCGCCAAUCCGCUGCACAGCAGCCCGGCUGCGCUGCGCAAGCUGGUCAUCGACAUCGUGCCGCCCAAGUUUCUGGGCGACUCGCUGCUGCUGCUCAACUGCCUGUGCGAGCUCUCCAAGGAAGACAGCAAGCCGCUCUUCGCCUGGUGAGCUCUCGCCUCGCCCUUCCUGCAAUAAACGUGUUUGUUCCAAACCCGGGGGCCGCCGUGCUCCAGCGCGUCCUCC